AUGGCUCGAGGGUAUUCAUUCAGGAAGGCCGGCCAUGCACCGUUCGGCUUCCCUGUGUCAUGGAGUUUAUCACCACGUGAGCUUCUCUCAAGGAGAAGAGCAGGGGUGGCAAUUUCAUUGAUGGAGACGGAGAGAACUCCCUCACGGUCCCGCUUACGCAGCCGUAGCGAGUACCUCCGUGAGAUCGCCUACGCCCGCAACGCCAUCUCGGUCCCGCUCACGCGGCCGUGGAAGUACCCCAAGUGCCUCCGUGAGAUCGCCUACGCCAAGAACGCCAUCUCCGCGGCACGUCCCAGUAGGCCGACAGGCAGGUGUGAAAUCACCUCCGCCAAGAACGCCGUCUCCGCGGCACAUCCCAGCAGGUCGACAGGCAGGCGUGAAAUCACCUCCGCCAAGAACGCCAUCUCCGCGGCACAUCCCAGCAGGCCGACGGACAGGAGCACCUUCUGUCCGUCGAUGCCCAGGCGACAUUGUACUGCAGCACCACCUUCGGCGCCCUCCACGGAUCCGGUAGCAGAUACCAGCGUGAUAGAUUUGCUCAAAGAGUAUCGGUUUCCUCUCUACAGUGACCAAGCAUGUGGUUCUCCUCUCGAAUGGAAUGCGGAGAAUCCGACGGGACGUUUUUCUGUAUGGAGCAAGAAGACCGCGAAGAAGGCAUCAUCCGCCGCUACAAAGGCAAAGGCUACUGUCAAAGACGUGAAGCGGUUUAGCCCUACUCCACCAAGUUGGGCCUGCUCCUUGAUCCUCCUGUCCAGCAAAUCAGGUGACUAG